AAUUUCAAGCGCAUUCGCUCCGAAAACGCCGGGGAGACGCAACGCUCGCACGCACAGAACAAGUUAGAAGCAUUGAAAGAGUUGUGCGACGCGAGUUUCGGUUGCAAGUGGGAACAAGUCGCAAUUCAAGGCUUGUUUGAAUAAGGUGUGUUCGUUUGUUUUGAUUCGCCCGUGUGUCGUGCGUGCUCAGACAAUCAACAAAAAUCAGGCGUUGACCAACGAAGAGAAACCGUCACAAUGGAUAUGAACUUUUCGGUUUUUCAGGAGCCCAGAGGCGUUAUGCGCAUUCUGCAAUUCAUCUUUGCGAUUUGCGCGUUUGCAACAACGUGUAACUUCAGCGGUUUCAUCGACUUCAUGUGCCGGACCCCUUUCCGGUACAAUUUCGAUUAUCCCUUCAGUCUGCUGCUCAACAAGGAGUUGAAUUUGGUGGAGAAGGCCGACUGCCAUGCGAGGAUCACUCUGUCUGCAAACUUCGAAUCGGAUGUGAAGUUUUUCGUCGCCACUGGUGUGAUUGCAAUGCUGUAUUGCCUUGCGAUUUGUGUCGUUUAUACCAAGUUUGAUGAGCUGUACAAGAACAAUAAUCAAAUACCUUUAGUUGACUUUCUUUUGUCUGUUUUUAUUGCUGUCUUGUGGCUGUCAAGCAGCGCUUGUUGGGCAAACAGUCUUUCCGGCAUGAAACACACAACUGAUCCGGAGAAUAUGAUUUGGACGGGUAAUACUGACGCCUGCCCAAAGUGUCCCUCCAGCGUCAGCAGCUUUAAUUCGUUGAACAUUUCUGUUAUUUUGGGCUUUUUGAACUUUUUCCUCUGGGCAGCUGACCUCUGGUUCCUCUACAAGGAAACCCCGUGGUUCCAGAACGCACGCAUAUCCUCUCCAGUUGACGCCUAGACGCCUAGCAUCUUCCAAGCGCACAGCCAGCAAACACACUAGUUUGCAGCCACGACAUAAAAUACAAACCUCACACAAUAAGAUGAAACAAUAACAAAUAACAUAAAAUUGCCGCUGUAUAGUGUAUACCUUUGCUCAAAUAGCCGCGCUUUGAGCAUCUGGGGAAGCAGGAAUUCUAUAGCAAUCAUAUAUAUUCUAACAAUUAGUUGUAGGUGUUAAUCAGGUGUUAAUCCGUUAAUCUGAACUUGUAUAUCAAUGUUUGAACCUGGGUCGCAGAGAUAUACACACAUAUUUAGACCCUUACGUCGUAACACAUAUCGAAUGCGCAAAUCUUAUUUAUUUAGUGAUUUUAGAGUGGUAUUUUUGAUUUUCGAUUCUCAAACACGUUUAGACUGCCAAGUAGUAGUGUUUACAUCGUAUGAUGUGUUAGGCGAGUUGUAUUUUAAUUUGUUAAAGAAACACAUACACACGAAACAAAUGGGAACACAAACUAAAAUAUACAGGGAAUGAUGGAACGAAGGGCACAAAGGGCUUAAAACCGUCGAUACUUACUGCAUUCCAUGCGAACUUAUUUAUAGCUUGCGCAUCUUCAACUAAUUUUAUGUUUUAUUCAUUGUGUGAGAUCGAUGACAUAUCAUCGCAUCAUAUCAAUUUGCAAAGAGUUUGUGUCAUGUUUAUUCAUUCAUUAAGGGAUUGUUGAACUUAGUUUUAUAAGUUUGUUUGUGUUUGCAUAAGCUAACACCAUACUGUACUGUUAAUUUGUUGUCGCUUUUUGACCUAACACUAUUAAGGAUUUAAUCGUUUGCGAUGAGAGAAAAUGCGGAAGCGCUGAUAGUGAUGUACGACACACACUACACUUUAUCGCAUAUGUAACUGAUACUGAAAUCAGAUCUGAAUUACACAUAAUCAAUCUGUGUCAAUAUUUACAGUGUAUCGUACUGUUGAACUUAAUCAAUACGGAAAUGAUGCCAAAACACACGGAUAAAUAUUUUUUGAUCACUGUCAAAAUACUUUUAAAAUUGUGAAACAAUUUACACACGUAUACAAGACAUUGGCGACACGUAUUUAUUUUUGUGAAGCAAGUUUUCUACCGACUUUAUUUUGUUAACAAUGUAUUCUUAAUAAAGUACCUUCAAACAUA